GCCAGGCUGGGAUAUAUAUCAUUCAAACCUCUCACAAACGCAGGAUUAUGCUUGUUUGUCAAGUGAUGUUUUCUUUACACAACCCAUAGUACCACUGACAGCUCUAGAAAUGGCGCAUAGCGAGCAGGCUGUCAGUCAUAAUUAAAAAGGCACUGGCUGUAGUUUUACUUUUAAAAAAGCAUAUUUAUCGCAGUUUGGUCCCUGGUUCAGCACAAGCGAGGCAGACUGGAUUGGCUGCAUUUCAAUGGAUACUCUGUCAAAAACACCCGCUGCGGAUGCUGCGCGGGAGAAGGUGAUCUGUCCACCACCACCACCCAGUGGAGUAGUAACUGACAGCCUGUCACUCCCAUCUUAUAAAGAGUAUCCUGUGCACCGUCCCUUCAUCAACACACUUGUACAUCACACACCCCAAACACGCACACAUCAGUCAUGUCAUCCAUUAUCACCCAGCAAGGCAUUCCCAGAGACCAGCAGCGCAGCGAUCUUGUCUGCCUUGAGGAACCUCCAGGAAAAGAUCAGGAGGUUGGAGUUGGAGAAAGGACAUGCAGCGCUCAGUCUGCACACUAUGGGGAAAGAUGCAUCACGCACACAUCUGCAGAGUGAUAAAGCCACACAGAGACUCUUAAGUGAUCAGACAGACACAGAAAAAGAGAUAAGUGGCCCAUCCAACUGCAACCAAGUGUUGAUCACCCACCUGGCUGCUGCAGAGUCCCGCUGUGUGAAGCUGGAGCGCCAGCUGGAUCACAUGAGGAGGAUGUUGCGCAAUGCCAAGGCAGACAGGACCAGCCUGCUCAAACAGCAGGUUUCCGUGGAGACAGGAAAGUCAGCUGAUCAACAGUCUGACACGGUGUCUGAGCAUGCCCAGUUGGAGAAGCUGCAGCGACUGGAGCAGGAGUAUCUCAGGCUGACUCACACACAAAACAAUGCAGAGAUAAAGAUCCGGGAGCUAGAUAUGAAACUACAGGAGGAGGAGCACCAAAGAAAGCUGGUUGAGGAUAAGGCCAAUCAGCUGCAGACAGGUUUGGAGGCCAACAGGAUACUGCUGCAGUCAGUGUCCCCUUGCCUGUCCACCAGACAGUCCAAAGAGAAGAGGUCCAAUUCAAAGAUGUCUUCACUACAGCAGUCAUCCUACACACAGCCACACUAUAGAUUGAGCUUCAGAGAUAUACCCUUUGUUGCUGGAACGGUAUCAGUAGGCUGCAGCCACUCAGUCCGAGCAAACGUCCAGUCAGUUUUGUCUCUCCUGAAGCGACACCAGCCACACCUCUGCAACUGCCGUGUCCUUUCUAACAGCUACGAGACAGGUAGUCGCAGGCAUUCAGACAGUUCCUCUUCCUCUUCCUCCUCCUCCGCUAGCGGGGAGGACCUAUCAGAGCUGCUGCAAGCGCUACAGGAGGAGCUGCGACUCAUGAGCUUGGAGCAGGACGAGUUGAUGAGGCAGGUGGAGGCCAGUGUUUCUGAGCAGGAAAGGAAAGAACUUCAGAGGGAGCAGGAGAGGCUGCUGCUGAAAAUGGAGAGGAAAGGAGAGCAGAUCAGUAAGCUCUACAAACACAAAACACAGAUAAAGAAGUUAAGAAAAGAGGCUACUUCCAGGCGGAGCAGUGGGAAUGAGGUGAGGUUGACCACCACAGUGUCCACUAGAGGCCACUCUGCUGGAGCAGUCAAAGUCAGACCAGGAGAGAGAAGCAAGAGGAACCUGAGGCUGCUGAGGGACAUGAAGGCUCUGCAGACCUCACUACGGACCUGAAACCCACCAAGACAUGGACACAGUGCAUUAGGGUAAUGUUGUUGCUUUGUACCUAUCUAUGGCCAUUCUUUCAGCAUCAACACAGCAACUGACUGAUGAACACUACAGAAUAUGGCACACCAGCCCAUCUAAAGCAAGUGUCUGUUAAUGAUCUUACGACCUAUGAUCCUUGGGGAAAAUAUUUGUAUAUUUUACUGUAUUAGGAACAGUGUAACACAUCUGGAAAGUGUUUCAAACCAGAACUAAGUUGUCUUGUCAGUCCAGGAAAAGUGCAUUUUAUGAAAAAAAGGUCCAUUUGUUGUCUGGUUAGUCAUCUUUUAAAAGAGAGUGCUUUAAUUGAUGAUUGACCUAUUCUUUACAAAUACCAUUAAAGAAACUUUUUUGUUGAUGGAGCAUGUUGGCUCCAACAUCUGCCUGGAUUUCUUUACUUGAUGUUGAAGUAUUUUACCAGCAGAGGGCACAAAAACUCAUUGCAACAGCUUAGUUACCUGAGUGCUGGAAAAAGAUAGUUGCAUUUUCAUUUUAGUUUUUCAUGUAGUUCUGGGCAGUUUUCUUUUUUUUUUUUUUUAAGGAAGCCAAAAUCACAUGGUGCUAAAUUCAUACAUUCAUGGGACGCUUGAUAUUUGCAGAUUCGUAAAUUUAGUGAUCGUAGUGGUAUGGUAGUGUAAAGAAACUGCAGUGAUGAAAUCGUUUGAUACAUAUUUCUGCAGUUUGAUUAGCCUAAUUAAGUGAAGGACCUAAAAUAUAUAGAUACAUAUUUUGCUCUACUUAUUUAACACGACUGAACCCCUUUUGAUGUGUCAUCUUACAGACGUGUGUGUGUAUGUGCAGUUGUAUGUUAUGAUCAGAAUAUUUGUAAUUAUUUCUACAAGUAUAUGUUGGGUUAAGACAUGACAAUAAAGGUUUAUCUACUUUUGAGUGAAAUUGUAUUUCUCUGAGAAAUAAAGUAUUUAUGUUGGCGAA